CCCAACAUUAAUCUUUUUUUUUAUAUAAGAAAAAAGAUUCUCUCUACAAAUUAAAACCCUUCAAUUAUCUCUCCUUGUGGUAAGAACACGGAGCUAGCAACUAGAGAUCUCUCUAUCUCUCUGUGUGUUCUUGUCGUUCAAUGUUACAAAACAAUCUCGAGUAUCGCAAAAUAGCAAGAUGUCUAUUCGAAAAAUCUACAGAUGUCUGAAUACUUUAAUCAAAAGAUCAUGUGCUCAAUCUUUAUGAUCAUAUAACGACGCCCCAUUUCACACUUUGUUUCAACUCUCAGGUUUUUAAUUCUUUUCUUCUUUGCUCUCUCAACCUGUUUCACUUGAGAACAAACCCUUUCAACUCGAUCAAGAAAGCUAAGUUUCUUUUUGAAGAAUCAAGAAUCAAGAAUGGUGCGAACACCGUGUUGCAAAGCUGAAUUAGGGUUAAAGAAAGGAGCUUGGACUCCCGAGGAAGAUCAGAAGCUUCUCUCUUACCUUAAUCGUCACGGUGAAGGUGGAUGGCGAACACUCCCCGAAAAAGCUGGACUCAAGAGAUGCGGCAAAAGCUGCAGACUGAGAUGGGCCAAUUAUCUGAGACCUGACAUCAAAAGAGGAGAGUUCACUGAAGACGAAGAACGUUCUAUCAUCUCUCUUCACGCCCUUCACGGCAACAAAUGGUCUGCUAUAGCUCGUGGAUUGCCAGGAAGAACCGAUAACGAGAUCAAGAACUACUGGAACACUCAUAUCAAAAAACGUUUGAUCAAGGAAGGAAUUGAUCCGGUUACACACAAGUCCUUAAACUCCGGUACCGAGAAAUCAGAAAACCACCUGGAGAAACAAAAAGUUACUCAGACAACUAGUGAUGAUGUUCUUGAUAAUGAGAAGGCGAAGAAGAACAACAAGAAUCUUAGAUUAUCAUCGGCUAGGUUCUUGAAUAGGGUAGCUAGUAGGUUUGGAAAGAGAAUCAAUCAAAGUGUUCUGUCCGAAAUCAUCGGAAGUGGUGGCCCCUUAGCUACUAAUCACACUACUACUACUACUACUACUACUACUACUACUACUACAAGUGUUUCCGUUGACUCCGAACAAGAUAAGUCAGCGAGCUCUUCCUUCACACCAACCUCGAAUCUUCUCAGCCAGGCGGCCGUUGCAACAACUCCUGCAUUUUCCUCGAACUUUGAUGUUGAUGGUAACGUUAAUCCUACGUCGUCUUCGUCCACGUUCUCUGAUUCCUCCGUUAACAAUCAUCUAAUGUACUGUGAUAAUUUCGCUGGUAAUAACAACAUUGAUGAUGAGGAUACUAUCGGGUUCUCAACAUUUCUGAAAGAUGAAGAUUUCAUGAUCUUGGAGGAGUCUUGUGUUGAGAACACUGCGUUCAUGAAAGAACUUACGAGUUUUCUUCACGAAGAUGAAAAUGACGUCGUUGAGGUGACGCCGGUCUAUGAACGUCAAGACACUUUUGCAGAGAUUGAUAAAUAUUUUUCGUGAGUGCUUGAUCGAUGAAUAUUCCCAUUUCCCACGUACGUGAUCAUGUCCUGACUAUAUAUGUAACAUGUUGGUCGAAUCUAAGGAUAUGUUUUCUUCUGAUAAAGAUGUCGAUGGAUAUGUUAUACCUUGAUGCUGUAAUUAAUAAUGAUGAUGAUGAUGAUGAUGAUGAAACAUAUAUGCAAUUUAGCUUGUAUUGCCAUAUUAUAUUCGUUUGUUAUAUAUAUGUUUUGUUUCUUCUUGUUUUUAAGUCUAACCAAGUGUGCUAC